CACAUUUUCUGUCCUGAGACCCUUAGGGGAGCACCAUGAAAGAACACAGACUCCAGUGGGCAUCACUCAGGCAGACCAUCACAGCUGGAGUGUUGAUCCACCUAACACUCGAGAACACACUUUAUCAGUUCUAAGUCCCUUGGGGAACCAACAAGAAAGAACACCAAAUGUAACAAGUGCAACUUAUCAACCUACUCCACCUUUCUCCGCUCCAGUGGGCAUCACUCAGGCAGACCAUCACAGCUGGAGUGUUGAUCCACCUAACACUCGAGAACGCCCUUUAUCUGUUCUAAGUCCCUUGGGGAACCAACAAGAAAGAAUACCAAGUACUUCUGGCAUGAGUCCGGCACCAUUUCAAUGUACAACUGUUGAAAGGGCAAUUCUGGAAACAAUAGAGAAAAUGGACAUGAAGAUCAACCAUUUGACUUCACUGGUCCAGUCUCUAUUGGGAAACAGGCGCGUUGUACCCCAAAUGCAAAUGGAUGAAGAGGAGGAAGGUGGUGUCUUUCCUUUAGCAUCCAUUGCAGACCUAGACAGGCUAGAACAAAGCCUAGCAGACAAAGGGUUUAUGCAGAGAAUGGUGAACAGACUAUCAAUCAGCGGUGGGCCAAAUAUGAAGAAGACAGUAUGGAGAAUUUGCUCCAAGGUGUUCACCAGUAAUGUUGCCCGGCAACUGAAUUGGUGUGGGAGGGGAGACAAAAGAGGAAUCCGUAAGACAAAUAUUGGUGCCCUCUUAAUAGCCUCAGCUAUGAGGAAUCCGGUCCUUUUGUCCCCAACUGAAGCGGACGCAGAAAAAAUCAUCAAAGAUUUCCUACGCUUGGCCCCAGGGAGGGUGUAAUUGUUGUUUUAUAUGUUUUGAAGUCAUGUUUGUUAUGACAAAAGUGUAGUGUUGUUUACAUUUAAUAUUAUAUUAAUAUGGUGUUCAAGUUAAAAUAGUUUCUUUACCUAUUAUUAAAAUAGGCAAAUGCAUGUAUUAUUUUAAGUUAAGAAUAGUGUGGUUUACUUCCUGAUGAACAUGUUCUGUAAUUGUAACAUGCAUAUGGAAAUAUUUUGUGCAAUAAUUUGUAGAUAGACAGUGCAACAUUGUUUUAUAAAAAUAAUUGUGUUAAUGGGAGAGGAAAAUUAAAAUACAAUCAUGCCUGCAGUGCAAUCAGACAUCUUACAGGCAUAUAAACGUCUUAUUGACAUCUUUAAAAAGAUCAGCUUGGCAUUGUUCUAAAUAACUAACAACACCAUCAUAAAAAAGCACACAAUGUGUUUAAAGAGCGUUUCAGUAGCUAAAUGUAUAAGUCAAAGCCUGCAGUGCAUCCCUCUAAACGCUCUAUAAAGCGGACACCUGUUUGCUGUCCAACUAAACUAAAACAAUGUUAAUUACAUAAACAUUGAAUAUCUUUAGUAAGGGAGGCCUUUGUGUGCAUAACAAAG